AAAAAAAAAAGCCAACAACAACAACAACAAAACGAAAAACAUUUCAACCGAAAAAAAAAAAAAAAAGGCGAAGACGGAAAACAGUUUUUCAAACCCGAAACACCAACUCAAGCGUCAAAGAAAAUGACAAAUCCAAACAGUCCCUUAAAUUUCGUAUAAAAUUGUCAAACACCAUUAUUCUGUAAAUUUUCAAUCGUUUUAACACGCGAUUAAAGCCCUAGCUUCCAAAGUCUAGGACUUCUGCAAUUUUUUUCUCUUUUCAUUUGUUGCUUCUUUUAUUCUUCUGUAAAAAUUUUUGGUUUUUUUUUUUUUUUUUUGGUCUCUGGUGAAUUAUUGAGGUUUGGGUGAAAAAUGGUUAGGCUGGUGAGGAGCUUUGUACAGUCGAUAUUGAAGUUGGUGAACUCGGUUAUGGCGAUGGUUGGCUUGGCAAUGAUUUUGUACGCCGUUUGGAUGAUUAGUGUUUGGCAGAGGCAUACGGGUGAACUUCCCUUUGGUGGCUCUGAUUAUCCAGCUCCUUGGUUCAUUUACACUUUUCUUGGACUUGGGAUUACUCUUUGUGUGAUUACAUGCUUAGGUCAUAUUGCAGCAGAAACUGCAAAUGGUUGUUGCCUGUUUUUGUAUAUGUUUAUUGUCUUCUUGCUUCUCAUGCUGGAGGCGGCAGUGACUGUUGACGUAUUUUUAAACCAUGAUUGGGAGGAGGACUUUCCAGCAGAUGCAACUGGAAAUUUCAAUGAAUUAAAAAAUUUUGUCAGGUCAAACUUCAAGAUUUGCAAAUGGAUAGGCUUGUCAAUUGUGUCUGUGCAGGGACUCUCCUUGUUAUUGGCAAUGAUACUGAAAGCCCUUGGGCCUCAUCGAUAUGAUGAUAGCGAUGAUGAUUAUUCUCCUGAGACAGCUCCACUCCUGAAAAAUGCAGUUCACCCACCUUCAUAUGUCGUUGGUGAUCCUGCUUAUGGAUCCAGAAAAUGAUCUGUGGAAUACCAGGAAUGAUGACAAGACAAACAGGUAAAAUGAUAUAGCUUCAGUUCAUGAAGCAUAUGAAUGCAGAGGAAGCACAGGAUUACUGUCUAAUGCUCGGAAGCUUCAUCGACCAUUGGGGGAUUAACAUGAAACUCCCAACAGCCAUACAUUAAAAGAUGUUCUUGUGGAUGAUGGAAACAAUAUUAUUAUGAUAUUUGCGAAUUGCUAUACCAAUCCUUGUUAAAAUUACAUGACAUCAAAUUACUUUGUUAUGUAGAAUGUUAUCCAUUUGUAACAUGUAUAAGUAUUAUAUACGCAUUUUUUUAGUUUAUCAUCUCAAA